UGUACACAAAUAUGUCCACACCACUAGUGAACGACAUGGCAUUCCCUCUCUGUGUACUAUUUGUUAUGGGUACCAUUGUGUCCAGCCUACAGGACCAUUUAGCCCUCCAGGUACCCAGUCUACAGGACCAAUCAGCCCGUGAGGUAGACCGUAGGUUGUUGUUGAAUGACCCACAAACAAUUCUAGUCCAGUUGGAGGCAAUGCAAAGAGAAAUGCAGACUUUAAAAACAUUGGUCAACACCCAACAGACUAAAAUCCAAUCAAUGCAAACGCUAGAAACAUCGGUCAACACCCAGCAGACUAAAGUUCAAUCAAUGGACACACUGGUCAACACCCAGCAGACUAAGAUCCAAACACUGGACACGCUGAUCAACUCACAGCAAUCUAAGAUCCAAAAGCAGGAGACCCUGGUCAACUCACAACAGAGUCAAAUCCAAUCAUUACAGAGUCAGUUAACCAAAACUGCAAACCAAGGGCUCGGUACGACUUAUACAGUAUGGGGACGGAAAAAUUGUCCGGCACUCAAUGGAACUAGCACUGUGUACUCAGGUAUAAGUGCCGGCUCACCGUACCAUAUUGGCGGUGGAGGAGCGAAUACAUUAUGUCUUACCCAUAAUCCUGAUCAGCCACCGUCUGACUUUCCUACCACCGAGGAAGGACAUGGAGUGUUAUACGGAAGCGAGUAUCAGUUCACAUACAGAAAUUAUGCAAUGAAUGACGAUGUCCCAUGCGCUGUUUGCCUUGCAGCAUAUUCAACAGCAGUUUUGAUGAUUCCAUCAAAGACAAGUUGCCCCAUUGGUUGGAACGAGGAAUAUCGCGGGUUUUUAACAUCCCAGAGUGCCACAGACAGAAGACCGCAAUACGAAUACCUGUGUCUUCAUGAAAAUGCAGAGUAUCUGACAGAAGGGGCUCGCCAAAAUAAUUAUGACGGUCGACUAUUUUAUCCAGUGAUAACACACUGUGGCUCAUUACCAUGUCCGCCAUACAUCAAUGCAAAACACGUUACCUGUGUUGUUUGUUCUAAGUAAGAAGUACAUGUUAAUCAAAACGAUUAUGUAUACGUUGAAAAUAAAAUUUAUUCGAUAUGGUCA